AUGGGCAUCAUCGUCAUCGUCAUCGUCAUCGUCAUCAUCGUCAUCAUCGUCAUCGUCAUCAUCGUCAUCGUCAUCGUCGUCAUCAUCGUCGUCAUCAUCGUCGUCAUCAUCCGGUACCGCCGGCACCCCAAGCCGCCCUACUCCUACCUGGCGCUCAUCGCCCUCGUCAUCCGCGCCGCCCCCGGCCGCCGCCUCAAGCUCGCCCAGAUCAUCCAGGCCAUCAGCAGCCUCUUCCCCUUCUUCGGGGGGGGCUACCAGGGCUGGAAGGACUCCGUGCGCCACAACCUCUCGUCCAACCCCUGCUUCGCCAAGGUGCUGAAGGACCCGGCCAAGCCCAAGGCCAAGGGCAACUACUGGACGGUGGACGUGAGCCGCAUCCCCCCCGCCGCCCUCAGGCUGCAGAACACGGCGGUGGCGCGGGGGGGGGGGGCGGCCGCUUUCGCCCGGGAUUUGACCCCCUUCGUCCUUCGGGGUCACCCCUACAGUUGCGGGUCAGGGGGGUCCGGUGUCCCCAACUCUGACCCUGGGGGGGGUCCCCGCGCCCCCCCCCCAACCUGGGGGCAGCUGCCCACCUCCUACAGCACCGCCGUGGCCCCCAACGCCGUGGCCCCCCCGAGCGGCCCCCCCUUCCUCGCCCUGCGUUGGGGGGUGCUGCCCCAUGGCCCCCCGCCACCCCCCGGGCCCGACCCCGAGUCCGAGGGGGGGGCGCAGGCCAUGGCCCCCCCCAACAAGAGCAUCUUCGACGUCUGGCUGAGCCACCCCGGGGACAUCGUGCACCCCGCGCUCCGGGGCUAG